ACAAAGAUGGCUGUCAGAACGAGAAGGAAGUAAAAAACCUCGUCACAAUUUUUCGUAAAAAUCUCGGUAUUCAGGGACCUUUGGACCCCACGUCACCAAUCGCUAGGAAGCUGAAGAGUUGGUGAACGUUUCUGUGGCUGGUUUUCGCGGUGGACUGAUCGCAUGGUGGUGAAAAUGUCGACGGUUGUAGAUUUGACACCAGAGGAAAAGGAGCUGCUGGCUGACAUCCAGCGCAGGAAAAAGCAGCUCCUCCAAGAGAUACAGCGACUCAAAGAUGAAAUUGCUGAUGUUACAGCUGAGAUGGAACAGAUGGACAACCCAGAUGACAACUCAGCUGACUCCAAGACUAAACAGAUGAACAUCGGCAGGAAGAAGUUCAACAUGGACCCCAAGAAGGGCAUCCAGUACCUUCUAGAGAACGGUCUCCUUAAAGACGACCCAGAAGACAUCGCCCGCUUCCUUCACCAGUUGGAGGGGCUGAACAAGACGGCGAUCGGAGAAUACCUGGGAGAGAAAAACGAGUUGAACUUGAAGGUUCUUCAGGCGUUCGUGGGACUACAGGAGUUUGAGGGGAUGAUUCUUGUACAGGCUCUUAGGCAGUUUCUAUGGAGUUUCCGUUUGCCAGGAGAGGCCCAGAAGAUAGACAGGAUGAUGGAGGCCUUUGCUCAGAGGUACUGUCAACAGAACCCUGGAGUCUUCAACACCACAGACACGUGUUACGUUCUGUCGUUUGCGAUCAUCAUGUUGAACACGAGCCUGCACAACCCGAGUGUGAAGGACAAGCCGAGCGUGGAGCGUUUUAUCACCAUGAACCGCGGGAUCAACGAUGGAGGAGACCUCCCUGAACAACUGCUCACUGACUUGUAUGAGAGCAUUAAGAAGAUGCCGUUUAAGAUCCCAGACGACGAUGGUAACGAUCUUACGCACACCUUCUUUAACCCAGACAAGGAAGGCUGGCUCCUUAAGCAAGGUGGACGACACAAGACCUGGAAACGUCGCUGGUUCAUCCUGACUGACAACUGUCUCUACUACUUUGAGUACACUACGGAUAAGGAACCAAGAGGGAUUAUCCCACUGGAGAACCUUCAGGUCCGACUUGUGGAGGACUCCAAGAAACCUAACUGUUUUGAGCUGUACCCAUCUGAAGCCAACAGUAAAGCUGUUAUCAAGGCCUGCAAGACUGACUCUGAAGGCAAAGUGGUGGAAGGACGUCAUCUAACAUACCGCCUGUCAGCUGCCACCCAAGAUGAGAAACAAGAAUGGAUAGAAGCAAUAAAGAGGAGCAUCAGUAAGGAUCCCUUCUACGACAUGCUGGCAGCCAGGAAGAAGAAAGCCACCCACCUACAGAACUGAGGAGAUGGAACAGUCUAGUUUAUAAGACAGUACCUCUUGAACAGUCCAUUGUACAAUGGGGGUGUACAAAGCUGAUUGAAAACAUGUAAAGCAUUGGGUGCUUAUUUUAAAACUGGCUAUUGCAUUAGAUUGCUUUAAUUGUAUUUUGUAUUGAGUAAAAAGAUGAAAAAGACUAACAUUUCAUUUUAGAAACUAACUCAAAUGUAUACAGAAAAAGUAGUUAACUUUAAAUCAUCAGAUUUCAAAUGUGGAAGCCUAAUAUUGAAAUGUCCAAUAGUGUACUCUUAUUUCCAUAUAUUCUGCAUGUACUAGACUAAGUGUUUAACCUUAUACUGCAAUGCUGUGUAAAAAGAUUUGUAGAUAUAGAAACCUAACAUCUGUAGAAUUCACAUUGUAAAAUUUGAAUCUAAAGAUUCUUUAGGUUUUCAAAGCCAUGUUGAAGACAUGUACAUGUUUUGUAUGUGCAAAAAUAGAAAUAUAAAUGUAUGACUAGAUUACUCUUUGUUUUGUUUUUUGUACAUUGAAUUUAUUUGUUUUUUUUUGUUGGUCAUCAAAGUAAUACUGUGGAAGAUAUUUUAUUUCUGAUGUUUGAAAAAAUGUUUAUUUCUUCAUAGUUUUCUGGUAGCUUGUUUCUGUACAGUAGUUGUACAGUGUUCAUACCAUAGCACAAUGUAUUGAUUUGACUUCAUAAAGGCGUAGAAAGCUGAUUUUUUUAAUAACAUGCUUGUUAAUUUCUGCAUUCCAAAAUGUGUAUAGUACUAAAAUGUCCUUUUGCAAAGUAAUGAACUUUUUGGUCUUUCCCUUUAAGAUUUUUGGUUGAUAUAACAUUUAAUCUUAGCAAUUGUGUUUAUCCAGAAAAUGAUUCAACCAGCUGUAAAUUCAGUAAUUAAGAAGUACUACUGCCAUGUGUGUAAACGUUUACUUUUUGCUAAAUGUACAUGACAUACUUUGAAAAAAAAAGCAUUCUUUGAGGCUCUAUAGGAAAGGCUCAUGAAGACAAUUGUUUCCAGGGAAAGUGGUAUAUAAAAACAAAGUUGAUAAACAAACAUACCAGAUACUUCAUUUAAUUAUACGUAUAAUGCUUAACUAAUUUCUUGAAAGGCCUUUACUUAUAGGACCCAAUUUAGAUUGAUGCUUUGUAACGUAUUGACUCUUUGUAUUGUGCUUUAAAUGCAAAAGCAUGCCAUAUGUUACUUCCAGUAUUUGUUGCAUAAUUGUAUUACUCAUUAAAGAAAGUUAACAGUUAAA